AUGGGUGCAAUCUGUUUAGAUCAAAACAAUUAUAAUGACAGUCUGUUACAUUACUCGGAAGCAUUAAAAAUCAAAAAGAAAACUGACCCAAGUAAUAAUACUCUCAUUGGCGCUAUUACUAGCUGUAUUGGAAAGUCGUUGUUCAAACAACAUAAUUAUGAUGAAGCACUCGAACACCUUAUAGAGGCUUUCGAAAUACUAAAACAAUCUGGAGACAGUAUAGAACUUGCUACAAUACACGAAUUCAUUGGAAAAAUUUAUUAUGAGAAACCAGAUUUAGAAAUUUCAUUGAAGCAUUUGUUAAUAGCUCUAGAAUUGUAUGACAAAUUGAAAUCAACAGAGAAUGAUUCUAAACUAGAAAACAUACUUGGUACUAUAGCAAACGUGUUGUAUGAUAAACAAGAUUUUCAAACAGCUUUAUCAUAUUACAAAAAAAGUUUGAUAAUUGCCGAUAAUAAUGAUAGUCCUAAUUUAGUAUCUACACUUUAUCAGAUUAGUCAAGUUUAUUUUCAAAUGAAUAAUAUGAAUUAUGGUAUAGAAUAUAUAAAGCGAUGCAUUGAAGUACAAGAGGCACUAGUCGACGAUGAAAAUGAUCAAGAUCUAAUGUCUUUCAAACAAGUUUUAUCGUUUACACAGUUAUUAAAUAGUACUCGUAAGCAAAAACGUAGACGAAAAUACAAGCGAUUAUUCCAUAAAAAGCGUUAUCAACGUCGUAUGAAGAAAAAAACUGUGGUAAUGGUUCCACCGGAACUCGGUAAUUUAAUAACAGAAUUUUACGAACAAUCUCAAACAGUAUAG